CAGUGAGCCUCUCAAUCAAGAGCAAGACUAUCGGUGAAUGGUCAGACAUGCUCCCGGUGUCUGGUCGUUCCCCCAAGCUGUCAGAGUACACACUUCCUCGCUGGCAGGGGAGGCUGACGGGAUGCAUCAAAGGUGGCUUAUUGGAUGUAGCAGCACCUAGGUCCCAUUCAUUUAAAACACAUUGUUAAAAACAUCAAAAUAAAUACCUGCUGGCAGGCGCGGAAUCGUGGAGUUGUCGCUGUCACGGGUUUUACUGCGCACGCCCCAUGGUUUUUUUUGCGCUUUGAACCGCUUUUGUGGUGUUAUUUGUAAAUAGUAUUCUUGUUAAAAUGGCCACCAUGGAGAAACUGAUGAGGGCCUUCGAGUCUCUCAAGUCAUUCCAACAGCAGGGACCACCGACAGCUGAAGAGCUAGUCCAGAAACAGAAGAAGGAUCCUUCCACGACCAAAAAAGACAGAGUGACUCAUUGUCUCACUAUAUGUGAAAAUAUUGUUGCACAGUCUCUGAGUCUUGGGAUCAGAAACUCGCCGGAAUUCCAGAAACUGCUUGGCAUCGCCAUGGAGAUGUUCCUGCUGUGCAGUGAUGAUGGGGAAUCGGACGUCAGGAUGGUAGCUGACGAAUGCCUUAACAAAAUCAUUAAAGCCCUCAUGGAUUCCAACCUUCCACGAUUACAACUGGAAUUAUAUAAAGAGAUAAAAAAGAACGGUGCUUCAAGGAGCCUGAGAGCCGCACUGUGGAGGUUUGCAGAGCUUUCUCAUCUUAUACGCCCACAGAAAUGCAGGCCGUAUCUGGUCAAUCUGCUGCCCUGUCUAACACGCAUCAGCAAGCGACCGGAGGAAACAGUGCAGGAGACACUGGCAGCAGCCAUCCCAAAGAUCAUGGCAGCGCUGGGGAACUUUGCCCACGAUGGUGAAAUCAAGAUUUUACUGAAAACUUUUGUUGGAAAUCUCAAGUCCAGCUCUCCAACUAUCCGCCGCACUGCCGCAAGCUCUGCCGCCAGUAUCUGCCAGCACUCACGCAGGACUCAGUAUUUCUACAGCUGGCUACUGAGUGUACUCUUAGGUUUGAUGGUUCCUGUAGAGGAGGAGCAUCCCACCGCUCUCAUCCUGGGGGUCCUGCUCACACUGAGGUACUUGAUGCCCUUACUGCAGCAGCAGGUGAAGGAUACCAGUCUGAAAGGCAGCUUCGGGGUCACUCGCAAAGAUGCUGAGGUCUCCCCCACCCAAGAGCAGCUCGUCCAGGUGUAUGAGCUGACCCUUCAUUACACGCAGCACCUCGAUCACAAUGUGGUCACGGCAGCCUUGGAGCUGCUGCAACAGACGUUCCGCACGCCGCCCUCUGACCUCCUGCACGCGCUCAUCACCGCGGGCAGCAUGACCCGGGUCAGCAUCUCCCGAGAGGAGGCUGAGAACCGCGGCCGCAGCGGCAGCAUCCUCGAACUUAUAGCCGGAGAGGGGCCAUCAUGCAGUCCUCUACUACUCAGAAAACAAAAAGGUAAGCUACUCUCUGGAGAAGAGGAAGGGCUGGAGGACGACACUGAAACAAGGUCAGAGGUCAGCACUGGAACCUUCACUGCAUCCGUGAACAGUGAGAGUGCCAGUGAGGUCCCUUCCUCCUCGGGAGUGUCGACUCUAGGGUCGUCCGACUCUUCGGGGGGCCACGACAUAAUCACGGAGCAGCCACGCUCCUCCCAACACAACCUGGAGUCAGCCGACUCUGUAGAGCUGAGCGGAGCCUCGGACGUGGUGAGCACCACGGCCACCACCUCCACACUGGCUGGCAGAGAGGGCACCGAGGACGAGGACAUGCUGAGCCGCAGCUCCAGCGCCGGCCACUCCAACCCUGCCAACCAGGCCUCCUCGCCGGCCAGCGAGAGCUCCCAGACCACCACCGAGGGUCCUGACUCGGCCGUCACCCCGUCAGACUGUUCAGAGCUUGUUCUAGAUGGCAGCGAGAGCCAGUACUCGGGAAUGCAGAUCGGGCAGCUUCAGGAUGAGGAGGAAGAGGGCACAAGCCACCCACAUGAAGCGCCCCUGGAACUCUUUAGUGAUUCCACUCUGGCACUGAGCAAACCUCACUUGCUGGAAAGUAAGAGCCACAGUCGACAGCCCUCCGACAGCAGUGUGGAUCGAUUGAUACCAAAGGGUGAAGCCUUGGAGUCAUCAGAACUCGAAAACAAGUCCUCCAGAAUCAAAGGAGAGAUUGGUCACUACGUAGAUCAAAACGCUGCACCUCUAGUCCACUGUGUACGUCUUCUGUCUGCAACUUUUCUUUUAAAUGGACAAAAAAAUGGUCUUGUCCCUGACAAAGAGGUGAGGGUGAGCGUCAAAGCCUUGGCUGUGAGCUGCGUGGGAGCAGCAACUGCUCUUCAUCCAGAGGCUUUCUUCAAUAAACUGUACCGAGCACCACUGGAAGGAAUCGAACCAGAAGAACAACAAUAUAUAUCUGAUAUUUUAAAGUACAUUGAUCACGGAGACCCCCAGAUCAGAGGAGCUACUGCAAUACUGUGUGGAACAAUAAUCUAUUCCAUCCUGAAUAAAACACGCUUCAAUGUAGAAAGCUGGUUAGCUAAUGUCAAAACUUCUACUGGAAACCACAUUUCCCUGGUGGACUGUGUGCCUUUACUACAGAAGACCCUGAAAGAUGAAUCUUCCGUUACAUGUAAACUAGCCUGCACAGCAGUUCGACACUGCAUCAUGACUCUGUGCAGCAGCAGCUUCAGUGAGCUCGGCCUGCAGCUAAUCGUUGACCUCCUCACCCUGAGGAACAGUUCCUAUUGGCUGGUGAGGACGGAGCUGCUGGAAACUUUGGCUGAGCUGGAUUUUAGGUUAGUAAGUUUCCUUGAAAGAAGAACUGAGACCCUGCACAGGGGAACCCACCACUACACUGGGCUGCUGAAGCUCCAGGACCGGGUUCUUAAUGAUGUCAUCAUCUGCCUGCUUGGAGAUGAGGAUCCCAGAGUUCGUCAUGUGGCAGCCACUACUGUAACCAGGCUUGUCUCCAGGUUGUUCUAUGACUGUGAUCAAGGCCAGGCUGAUCCAGUGGUAGCUAUAGCCCGAGACCAAAGCAGCGUCUACCUGCAGCUUCUAAUGCACGAGACCCAGCCACCAUCUCACUUCACAGUCAGCACCAUCAUAAGGACGUACAGAGGAUUCAGUAUUUCACAGAAUCCGUCUGACGUUACUGUGGAGAACAAUCUCUCCAGGGUCACCACGGCUGUGUCCCAUGCACUGACAUCAUCCACUUCACGAGCUCUUACUUUUGGCUGCUGCGAAGCUCUGUGUCUCCUUUCAUCAGCAUUCCCUGUCUGUACGUGGAGUUUAGGGUGGCACUGUGGGUAUGUGACCUCCUCCGUUACCCAUCCUUCCAGACCAAGCCUUUACAAAAACAGAGGCCGCUCUUUCAGCCUGUCUCAGUCCGGCCCCACUGAUGAUUUCCGGAAGAACUGCACUGUGGGGAUGGCCCACAUGGUCCUGUCCCUCCUCAACUCGGCCUGGUUCCCCCUCGAUCUGUCAGCCCACCAGGAUGCACUCAUGUUGGCAGGCAACUUGCUUGCAGCGGCAGCCCCCAAGUCUCUAAAAAAACCCUGGACAGCUGAAGAUGAGGCUAACGCAGGCGUCAACAAGCAGGAAGAACCGUGGCCAGCUCUCGGGGACCGGACAGUGGUCACCAUGGUGGAGCAGCUCUUCUCUCAUCUCAUGAAGAUCCUCAACAUCUGUGCACAUGUCAUUGAUGAUGUGGCACCUGGACCUGCUAUAAAGGCAAGCCUUCCCUCACUCUCUAAUACACCAUCGCUGAGCCCCAUAAGAAGAAAGGGCAAAGAGAAGGAGCCAAUAGAGCAAAACACAGCGCCGCUGAGCCCCAAAAAGAUCACCGACGCCAAUCCAGCAGCCAGGCCAGCCGACACAGCUGGGGCUACUGCAACAAACAAGUCUUCCACCCUGGGCAGUUUUUACCACCUCCCUCCAUACCUGAAACUAUUUGACGUUCUGAAGGCUACUCACGCUAACUAUAAGGUGACACUGGACCUUCAGAAUAGCAAUGAAAAGUUUGGUGGAUUCCUGCGGUCAGCUUUAGAUGUACUGUCUCAGCUCUUAGAACUUGCAACCCUCCAUGACAUUGGAAAGUGUGUUGAGGAGAUCCUUGGAUACCUGAAGUCUUGUUUCUGCAGGGAGCCCACCAUGGCCACUGUUUGUGUUCAGCAGCUUUUAAAGACCCUCUUUGGGACAAACCUAGCCUCUCAGUACGAAGGCUCCUCCUCCAACCCCAGUAAAUCUCAGGGCAAGGCCCAGCGGUUAGGAUCUUCCAACCUGCGUCUUGGAUUGUAUCAUUACUGCUUCAUGGCUCCGUACACACACUUCACACAGGCGCUGGCUGAUGCCAGCCUAAGGAACAUGGUGCAAGCUGAACAUGAACAGGACACCUCAGGAUGGUUUGAUGUUUUGCAAAAAGUCUCUACCCAGCUGAAGUCCAGCAUCACAAAUGUAACCAGGCAUCGGGCUGAUAAGAAUGCAAUCCACAAUCACAUCCGGCUGUUUGAACCCCUGGUUAUCAAAGCUCUGAAGCAGUACACGACCACCACCUCUGUGUACCUGCAGAGACAGGUGCUGGACCUGCUGGCACAGCUAGUGCAGCUGCGGGUUAACUACUGUCUCCUGGACUCUGAUCAGGUGUUUAUUGGAUUUGUUCUGAAGCAGUUUGAAUAUAUUGAAGUGGGACAGUUCAGGGAUUCAGAAGCCAUUGUUCCAAACAUCUUUUUCUUCCUGGUGCUGCUGUCUUAUGAGCGCUAUCACUCCAAACAAAUCAUCGGGAUCCCAAAAAUCAUUCAGCUGUGCGACGGAAUUAUGGCGAGUGGCAGGAAGGCGGUCACACAUGCUAUUCCAGCAUUGCAGCCCAUAGUCCAUGAUCUUUUUGUGUUGAGAGGGUCCAACAAAGCUGACGCAGGCAAAGAGCUGGAGACCCAGAAGGAAGUCGUGGUCUCCAUGCUGCUGAGACUCAUACAGUACCAUCAGGUACAGGAGAUGUUUAUACUGGUGCUACAGCAGUGUCACAAAGAAAACGAAGAUAAGUGGAAGAGAUUGUCACGUCAGAUUGCUGACAUCAUUCUGCCAAUGCUAGCAAAGCAGCAGAUGCACUUGGAUUCCCAUGAAGCCCUGGGGGUUUUAAACACCCUGUUUGAGACGGUAGCGCCGUCCUCGCUGCGUCCAGUUGACAUGCUGUUGAGGAGCAUGUUUGUUACACCAGUCACCAUGUGCUCGGUUGGGACAGUCCAGCUGUGGAUAUCCGGAAUCCUGGCAAUCCUGCGUGUUCUCAUAUCCCAGUCGACGGAAGACAUUGUCCUGUCUCGCAUUCAGGAGCUGUCCUUGUCUCCUUAUCUCAUCUCUUGUGCCAACAUUGAGAGGCUCAGAGACUACUACUCUCAGACCCCACCUUCAGAGGAGGUGAAUGGAGAUGCACAAGGCAAAUACCCACCUGAGGAGACAUUUGCAAGGUUCCUAAUUCAGUUACUGGGGAUUCUGAUGGAGGAUAUUUCUUCCAAACAGCUGAAAGUGGAUAUGAAUGAACAGCAGCACACAUUUUACUGCCAGCAGCUCGGCACGCUUCUCAUGUGCCUCAUACACAUCUUCAAGUCAGGCAUGUUCAGAAGAAUCACUGCAGCUGCUACAAAGCUGUUCAAGGGGGAUGGCUGUGAGGGGAGUUUUUACAGUCUGGACAGUCUGAACAGCAUGAUCCAGUCUCUGAUCACCACUCACCCCUCCCUGGUGCUGCUCUGGUGCCAGGUCCUCCUCCUCAUCAAUUACACCAACUACACCUGGUGGGCAGAGGUGCAUCAUACACCCAGAAGACACAGUUUGUCCAGCACAAAGCUGCUGAGUCCACACAUAUCCGACGACAGCGAUGAGUCCAGACCAGAGUCCAAACUGGCCAUGUGCAAUCGGGAGAUCGUCCGGAGGGGGGCGCUGAUACUUUUCUGUGAUUACGUGUGCCAGAACCUUCAUGAUUCCGAACACCUAGCAUGGCUGAUAGUGAACCAUGUGCGUGAUUUGAUUAAUCUCUCCCAUGAGCCUCCAGUGCAGGAUUUUAUCAGCGCCAUCCACAGGAACUCUGCUGCCAGCGGGCUUUUCAUCCAGGCCAUUCAGUCACGGUGUGAGAACCUCUCUACGCCGACUAUGUUGAAGAAGACCCUACAGUGCUUGGAGGGGAUUCACCUCAGUCAGUCAGGUGCUGUGUUGAUGCUGUACGUGGAUAAACUCAUCAAUACCCCCUUCCGUGUGCUGGCUCGCAUGGUGGACACGCUCGCUUGUCGACGGAUAGAGAUGCUGCUGGCUGAGACCUUACAGAACAGCAUUGCCCAGUUACCACUUGAAGAGUUGGACAGGGUUCAACAGUAUCUACAGAGCAGUGGCUUAGCUCAAAGGCACCAGCGACUGUACUCCCUGCUGGAGAGGUUCCGCGCCACAGUUUUGGAGGACUCUGCGAGCCCUUCCCCACCAGUGACAUCACACCCCCUGGACGGGGAGACGCCACCUUCCCCAGAAUCUGUCACCGUAGACAAGGAUUGGUACGUGAUGCUGGUGAGAUCGCAGUGCUGUACGCACACAGACACGGCUCUGCUGGAAUCGACAGAACUGCUAAGCAAGCUUCCACAGCCAGACCUUCACGCCAUCAUGGUAUCUAAAGAGUUCAAUUUGAACCUACUGGCCCCCUGUCUCAGUGUGGCUCUCAAGAGACUCUCUGGAGAGCAGGGCAGUGCCCUCUUCGAAACUGCGCUCAGAGUAACUCUGGAGCAGGUUUCCAGCAGUGCCCAGCUUUUACCCAGCAGCCACCAGGUGUUUCAACCACUAUUGUCACCUGGAAAUACCACCUACUGGAACAAACUGAGCGACGUCUAUGGUGAAGCGGGCUUAUACCAGACUAUAGUUAGUCUCUGCAGAGCUUUGACCCAGUACCUGCUGUCAAUCUCCAAGCUACCUGCAGCUCUUCACCUCCCCAAUGACAAGGAGGUGGACACCACCAAGUUUGUGGUAUUGGCACUUGAGACUCUGUCGUGGCACUUGAUAAGUGGACAGGUUCCACUGAGCAUUGAUCUCCAAACUAUCCUGGAUUGCUGCUGUCUAGCCUUACAGCACCCAGCGAUAUGGAGCUUGCUGGCUUCAGCUGCUUAUGUUACACAUGCCUGUUCAUUUGUAAACUGCAUCAAGUUUCUCAUCGAAGCAGUGGCAGUCGAGCCUGGGGAUCAGCUUCUGCGUCCGGAGAGGAAGAAGACGAGCAGAGCUCAAGCAGCUCAGGAUGAGCUGGACGCUGCUUCCACAGAGAAUCCAGUACACAUCAAAAAAGCUUGUGAAACAAUGGCUGAACUGGUGGAAAGUCUGCAGACUGUCCUGGCUUUAGGACAUUCGAGAAACGAAAUAAUCCCAGCGUUUCUGACUCCUACACUCCGCAACAUAACCUUUAGUCUGGCGAGACUGCCUCUCGUCAACAGCUACGCUAGACUGCCUCCAUUAGUCUGGAAAUUAGGCUGGUCCCCGAAACCUGGUGGAGAGUUUGGCACGGCGUUCCCCGAGAUCCCAGUGGAGUUUCUGCAGGAGAAGGAUGUGUUCCGGGAGUUCCUGUAUCGUGUGAACACUCUGGGGUGGACAAGUCGCACUCAGUUUGAAGAGACCUGGGCGACCCUCCUUGGCGUGCUGGUGACUCAGCCCAUUGCUAUGAACCAUGAAGAGGAAAACCAACACGAGGAGGACCUUGAGAGGACCCAGAUCAAUGUCCUAGCUGUCCAAGCGAUCACAUCCUUGGUGCUGAGCGCCAUGACAAUCCCAGUGGCAGGAAACCCUGCCGUCAGCUGCUUGGAGCAACAGCCACGCAACAAGGCGUUAAAAGCUCUGGAUACCAGGUUUGGAAGGAAGCUGAGUGUGAUCCGAGGGAUUGUGGAGCAAGAGAUCCAGGCGAUGGUAUCAAAGAGAGACAACAUAGCCACUCACUACCCAUAUCAGGCCUGGGACCCCGUUCCAUCCCUCUCUGCUGCAACAACAGGCACUUUAAUCAGCCAUGAAAAACUGCUGCUGCAAAUCAACACGGAACGGGAGAUGGGCAACAUGGAUUAUAAACUGGGACAGGUGUCUAUUCAUUCGGUUUGGCUGGGAAACAGAAUCACGCCCUUGAGGGAGGAGGAAUGGGAUGAAGAUGAGGAAGACGAGAAUGACGUCCCUGCUCCAGCGUCGCCUCCCACCUCACCCAUCAACUCCAGGAAACACCGUGCUGGCGUAGAUAUCCACUCCUGCUCUCAGUUUCUGCUGGAGCUCUACAGCCAGUGGAUUCUGCCAAACAACCCAAACAAGAAGACGACCCCAGUCAUCCUGAUCUGCGAAGUGGUCCGCUCACUUCUGGCAGUGUCUGAUUUGUUCACGGAGAGGAACCAGUAUGAGAUGAUGUACAGCACGUUGACAGAGCUGCAGAAGGUCCACCCUGCUGAAGAUGAGAUACUGAACCAGUACCUCGUACCUGCCAUUUGUAAGGCUGCAUCUGUCCUUGGCAUGGACAAGGCCAUAGCGGAGCCAGUCAGCCGCUUGCUGGAGACCACGCUGCGCAGCACCCACAUGCCGAGCCGCAUCGGAGCACUGCACGGCAUCCUCUACGUCCUGGAGUGUGACCUGCUGGACGACACGGCCAAACAGCUCAUCCCCAUCAUCAGCGACUACCUGCUCUCCAAUCUGAAAGGAAUAGCACACUGUGUUAACCUCCACAACCAGCAGCAUGUGUUAGUGAUGUGUGCUGCAGCCUUCUACAUGAUUGAGAACUACCCACUUGAUGUGGGGCCAGAAUUCACAGCAGGCAUUAUUCAGAUGUGUGGUGUGAUGGUGUCUGUCUGUGAGGACUCCACCCCCUCUGUGACAUAUCACUGCGUCCUGCGAGGGCUGGAGCGCCUCCUACUGUCAGAGCAGCUGUCCCGCCUGGACGGGGAGGCGCUGGUCAAGCUCAGUGUGGACCGGGUCAACAUGCCUAGCCCACACCGGGCCAUGUCUGCACUGGGGCUCAUGCUCACUUGCAUGUACACAGGGAAGGAGAAAACUAGUCCCAGUCGGACGUCUGACCCUGAUCUCACCGCUCCCGACACCGAGUCUGUCAUUGUGGCCAUGGAGAGAGUAUCCGUUCUCUUUGACAGAAUCCGGAAGGGAUUUCCCUGUGAGGCAAGGGUAGUGGCCCGUAUCCUCCCCCAGUUUCUCGAUGACUUCUUCCCACCGCAGGAUGUGAUGAACAAAGUCAUUGGCGAGUUUCUAUCCAAUCAGCAACCUUAUCCACAGUUCAUGGCAACUGUUGUUUACAAGGUAUUCCAGACCUUGCAUGCCACAGGACAAUCCUCCAUGGUCCGAGAUUGGGUCAUGCUUUCUCUCUCCAACUUCACUCAGCGGACACCUGUCGCCAUGGCGAUGUGGAGUCUUUCCUGUUUCUUUGUCAGUGCUUCAACAAGCCAGUGGAUUUCAGCCCUCCUUCCUCAUGUUAUCAGCCGAAUGGGGAAAUCCGAGAUUGUGGAUGUCAGCCUGUUCUGUCUGGUGGGCAUGGACUUCUACAAACACCAGAUUGACGAGGAGCUGGAUCGCCGGGCCUUUCAGUCAGUGUUUGAGGUGGUAGCCUCCCCUGGCAGCCCCUACCACCGCCUGCUCACCUGCCUGCAGACCAUCCCCCAGGUGACUGCCUUCUGAACACUGCCACGUGACCGAGCAGAGCGAGGAAAGGAAUGUCAAAAGCUGUUCAUGUGAGAUAGACUUUAGAAGAACGUCGCAGUAAGACCCUGUUCCACCCCCACUCCCCAGAAGGAUUGCUUUUAGGAACAUGAAAAUAUCGGUCUUGGAAUAUAACAUUGUGCUUGUACGUCUCCCCCCCCCCCCCCCCAGAUCUUCCGGCACUUGGAAUGAAAAUCCCUUAAUGUAUUUAAGAUCAGAAAUGGGACUGGUGAGCUAUGAUUUAAACCAAAAAAAAAAAAAAAAAAAAGACUUGCUAUACGACAGUACUUCUAUUUUUAGGCAGCUUUUUGUUAUAUAGGACGGAACUGAUCUUAAUUUAUGUAAAGAUAAGGGGCUCUACUGCAUAAUAUUGUUAAAUGAUAUAUUUGUUUUUAAUAUAUCUCGCCUCAAAAGUUAUUUUCAAAGUAAAAGGUUACAUAUAGCCAUAGAAAAUCUGUAUAUAUAUUUUUUUUCAUUCAGGCUGGGAUUGUCUUGUGGUUUCACUGGAAAAUGAAGGAGGUCAUUUCCCACUGUUAGCAUGUUUAUAAUUAUCUCGUCCUGAACUUGCAGUGAUGUGACGUAUGUGUUUGUUUGUAAACUUUAACACACAUACUUAACCACAAACAUUUGUUUUUUCUUCUCUUUCUCAGGAUGUAAGAUGUGAUAAUAUUGAAUAGAAUUGUCUUUUAACAGAAACAUUUCUAUGUCAUGUACAAUUGUAAAAUCUGCAUGAGGUGUGUGUAAAACGUAAAAGAAAAAACUGUACAAGGCCACGUUUUUUUAAAUUUCUUUACAUCUCAUAAAGAGAGAAUGGAGUUGAUGUGUGUUUGGCGUGUUUACGUGUGUGAAAAGUCAUCCUGUUUUCAUCCAUUCCAGGUAAAACCCUUAUUUAGUUAUUACCUAAUUAGUACAGCUUGUAUUAUAAACUUACAAGAAUGGGGCAUAGCUUAAUCUUAUACAGAAAGGGCCGAAGGGGAGGGGGGGGUUAAUCAGUGGGAGGGUUCCUUUUGUGUUUAUAUGAAUGGUUAAAAAAGUAGUUUAAAAAAUAAAAGGGCAAUUGGAGAAAUAAGCAUGCUACAGCAAUUGUACCAGCUUUAAAAUUUGUAUUUUUUUUUUUUUUUUUUUUAAUUUAUCUCCAUAUUUUAUGAGCUGAAUUAUUGCUUUAGUGGCAAUUAUGUAGAGGCCACAAAGUCAAAGGGGAACUUUUUAACCAUUGUAAAUUAUAAAAGCUAUGACAAAGUUAUUAUAUUCUUUACGUAAUUUCUUGGAAUAUUGACUAUUUUUCCAUUUAAUAAAUCUUGCAUAUCUCACUCACAAUAAAAACAAUAAACUCACUUCAAUAUAGCAAUAACAUGGGCAGUAAGGUUUAUGCAGUUCAUCGAUAAAGUGCUUUUUAGCUUACACUUUGUUGGGGAUAAACACUACAGGUUGGCUGCACUGUGAAGACAAAUGGGUCCAUACUUUCUUAUUUAAAUCGUAAGGAUCAGUACUCAUUUGUACAGUUAACCUUGAAGUCAUUGGAUCAUUUAUUCUGUAUUGGAAAAUGUUACCUAUUUAAAAACUAACCCAAAAUCAGUGUGGGGCCUGGUUUUGAAGCGCAGUUUAUUUGCAGGUUUCUGAGAAAAUAGAAGUAGAAGGUGACCAUGGACAGUGUAUGGAACUUGAUUUUUCUGAUGCAUUUUGGGAGGUUUCCAUCAUUCUUGGGCUACCAGGAUUUAAGGGAACAUAAGUACUUUUUAUUGUAUUGUGUUACAUGUUCCCAUGUGUUGCUGUAGCUGUUUACUUAAGAUGUGUGUAUUGUUUUAAUUCUCCUUUUACAUUUUUACCACUUUUUUGAAACUUUUAAAUUGCAUUCCCUGCCUCAAGAUGGCUUCCCAUGUACCUGCAUGGACCUCUCAGAACAUUUCCCAUCAUCCUCCUGCUCACAUAUGUAACUCAGAUGGAUUUACCACUGAUCAGGAGGGUGAUGGGAAAUGUAGUUCUGAGAGGUCCAUGCGGAUACAUGGGAAGCCAUCUUGAGGCAGGGAAUGCAAUUUAAAAGUUUAAAAAAGUGGUCAAAAUGUAAAAAAAAAAAAAUUAAAACAAUACACACACCUUAUGUAAACAGUUGUAGCAACACAUGGGAACAUGUAACACAAUAAAAUAAAAAACUCCUUAUGUACCCUUUAAGUAAGCUGGGGUAAAAAGUUCAGUUGCAAAUCAUGAUGAACGUACAAUUAAGGGAAAUGGCUUUAUUCAUACCCUGACCUGUGUUAUUGGUCAUAUAAUCUGCAGUUGUGUGAAUGCUGCUACCUUGAGUAGAUCAUGAGAAAACAUCAUUUUAUAGUGACUAUAUGUAUUAGGACCAACCUAGUUAUUUUUUUUUAUUCAAUAUUUGAUUCUUAAAGCUGAACUAAAAAUGACAAUUACUAUUGUGAUUUUUUUGCAUCCAUUAUAAAACCCUUGAAAUUUUAGCGUCCAUUUUUAAUGAACUGAUUACCCAGAACAGUGAAAAGCCUCCUCCUUAAAUGGAGCCCUCGUUGUUAAAAGAGGAUUGGCAACAAGUUAUGGCAUUUGAGUUGGAUAUUUUAUAUAAUGCAUGUUAAAAACCUCACAGGAUCCGAGUUGUCACUAUCCAAUAGUACAUGCACUCUUAGCUAAGAGUUUUCUUGAAACUUUGGUGCCCUAAAAAACCCUAAAACCCUAUACAAGAUGUUUUUCAUACACAAACCAAUUUCUGCUUUAUGACGGUGUCAGAAUGUAACCGAAUGAAUUUGCCUGUUUAAAAGAAAACACAUUACUUACGUUACCUCCUUCUGUGCUGUACGUGUUCCUGCAAUGACUGUUUGAACUUAACUACGAUUGCACGUUUUCUUGCAGACGAUAUAAAGCUUAAAUGUUUACUGAUUCCAAUCUACAAUUCCCUUAAACCUUCAGGUUCAUAAAUACUGCAGUGGCUACAAGAUGUCUUCCUGGUCUUGUAUUUGUGCUUAAUUGGUGUAGUUGGGAAUACAAAUGUUAUAUUUCUUCUAGACUUAAUUCUAGGUGCCUAUCCAAGCAGGAAACUGAGACAAAGUCCCUAAAUGUGUCACCCGUCAUCCUCUCAGGUUUGUCUGUAUGUCACUGGCUAUUGCUCAGUCUCAAGUAGUUCGGCUGUUGCUCAGUCCCAUUUUUUUCUUUAACAAGAGAAUUAUUUCUGUACAAGGCUAUGAUGGGCACUCUGGAGCCUUUUUGGAAUGUGUGUCGUGUUUUUUUUUUUUUUUUUUCUUCAAAAAACAGAAAUGUAUAAUUUGGAUGUGUUGUGUUUAACUACCAAGUGACUGAAUUAUAUCACUUUAAAGAAUAAAACUUUUUAAAGAUGUAA